GGCCUCAACAGCAGAGAUGGCGGCACCAAACGACCAGUUCUACAUCCGAUACUACUCGGGCCACAUGGGCCGAUUUGGCCACGAAUUCUUGGAAUUUGAUUUCCGCGUCGUCGGAGAUGGCCGCAGCGCGGUCGCCCGAUAUGCAAACAACUCCAACUACAGGAACGACAGCCUGAUCCGGAAAGAGAUGUGUGUCAGCUCCGCGGUUAUCGACGAGAUCAAGCGAAUUGUCAAGCAGAGCGAAAUCAUCAAGGAAGACGACUCCAAGUGGCCGCAGAAGAACAAGGACGGUCGCCAAGAGUUGGAAAUUCGGCUGGGAGGAGAUCACAUUUCUUUCGAGACGGCCAAGAUUGGAUCAUUGGUCGAUGUCACCGAAUCCGCCGACCCCGAGGGCCUCCGGGUGUUCUACUACCUUGUGCAGGACCUGAAGGCGCUUGUGUUUAGUCUGAUAGCGCUCCACUUCAAGAUCAAGCCAAUCUGAGUCGACAUGGCAAGCUGAAGAGAGAGGCAGAGCACAGUUAUGAUACCCUUCGCCUUAUCGAGGCAUCUGCGAUUCGCAGGGAAGAUACAAAAGCAGUUCAUUGAUCCAUCAGCAGCAGCUACAUGCGGACAAGAUGAGCGAUUCCUGUGAAUUAGCAUUUCUGGAAAACAGUCAAAAGCUUUCUCAAGGCGUUUUGACAAGGAUAAUCUUUGGCCCUGGAAUUCUUUGCGUCGGAUUCCGCGACUUGGCAAAGUAAGCGCUAUCAGACGUGUAAGUUAGUGAUAUAGUAA